ACAAGUACAAGACACUGUUAUUGGAUCGGAGGCAAAAACGAAGUCUUCUAUGAACUCCGGCAUUUACUGGUGCGAUAUCUUUGUCAAACCAGUGAUAAUCAGGAAGUAAACAGCGAAACGUGUAUCAUCCAUCUGAUAAUAUGAGUGCGUCAUCUGGGUCCCUGGUUGCUGACACAUUAUGCAAGCUCUAUGCAUUAGGACUGAUCGUUCUUGGUAUCAUCUUCGCAACCUCGCGCAUACUAGCCACUGGUGGGACCGCGGAGUUGACCAAUAUGGUCUAUGAUGUGUUCCAUAUUAUCCUGUGCGCUGUCGGGAUCCUCUUCUUCCUGUUCAUGUUGAUUUACCUGGUCAGACAGGUCUCGCGCUUUGACGAGUCCGAGAUAAAAGACUCGGGCGGACAGGACGGCAUCGAGUUGCGUGGAAUGUCCCGGGCUGGAAGCACAGCAACUUUGAACACCCUUCAAAUACCAACAGUCGACAACUCAGUGAUCAACAGAGGCUACACGAAAGAGAUUGGAAACACCCUCCGGGUCCCUGAUGGCAGGACACCGCAGCAAGACUUCAGUAACCAUGAUCGAUCUCUCUCCAUGUCAGCUUUGGAUAUCCCUUCGAUAACCUAUGGUAAUUUCCGACACAGGCGAGCGGAUUCGGUUGUGACCAUGCAAUCAGAGUCGCAGAUACUGCCACCGGAAGGUCCGGUGCCGCCCGCUUUAAUCCUCAGGCAAGGUGAAGCCUCUUACCCGAACUUCUAUGUCCGCGCUGGAGCUGUUCUUUUCGGCAUUUGUGCACUGGUAACCUGGGGUAUUGCGAUCGCAAGCGUCGUUGAAUUGGUCCUGCGAUGUUCUUUACCUGUCCCUGGAAUAGACCUGACGAAACAUACCUUACAAACCGUAUUCGCUGCUCUUCAGCUGCAGUUCAUUUUCAAAUAUUCAAAGAUUUCCGUCAAUCGUUAUGCAGUGAUCUGCAGGUUUGGUUUCAUGCACCUCAUGGCGGCCAAUCUCAACAUUUGGAUUCGAGUCAUCAUUGCAGAGUUGAACCAUAGUGAUGUGAUGGAGAGCCGAAAAAACGUUACCUUUGAGGAAAGGUUCAUGAGUAUGGAAGACUUACAUGUAAGUCCAGAACAAAGAAGUUGCAUCACGAACGUCACCGGCGUUACCAUGCUUGCUACCGCUUCGCAGUUCGCCUACCCGCUGAUCAUAGAGUUCAGCUUGAUCGGUGCUGUGUCCUUCUACAACAUUUACCAAAAUAUCGGCCUCGCGCAGAAAAUACGCCAAAAGCGGAGGAGGAGCAGAGCGCAGUCUUCCGUUUCAUCGACAGUGUUGCAUUUUCCACAUCACCAGGCAGUGAAUGUCACGUGCCACAAAUCGUACAAGGGCGCAUUCGUUGGUGUCAUCAUGGCAGCCAUUACUAUCAUUUCGUGCGUUUUUUACAACAUUCACGAAAUUUCCGGCAGCAUUCGGAUAUCAGGUGCCAUCUUCAACUUCACGGAAAUUGUCCUUCUUGCUAUCGCCGUCGUUUCAGUUUGUUACGCGCUCUGCAAAAUACGGCCACUUUCGGUUCUCGACACUUACAAAAAAGGCCCGGAUGAAACACUUCUGAUGAUUGCAGCAGUUGGUAUCUAUAUGUUUGAGUUCUAUUCGAUAUACUCGUACGUGAGUGCUGGUCCUGAGGUAGAGGUUUGGAUUAGGUCUACAGGAGCUCUGUCCGGAUGCCUCGCCCUGUUGCAGGCUACACUCCAGGUGAUGUUCGUGUACGAUGGCCUCCGACGCCGGACUGCAACCACCAAGAUCCUGCGGCGAAAGCCUGGCCGAGAGGCGGUUGUAUUGCUCUUGCUUCUUAACCUGGCGAUGUGGGUGCUGUAUUCAUUUGAGAUCCAUGGAGGGCUGUUACAUUUGAUGGCGACCACCCACCCGAGUAAAGCAAACGAAUGGAUUUUCAUGACGAUGUUAUGCAAACCUCUCGCCAUUUUCUUCCGGUUUCACUCGACCACGUGCCUUUACGAAAUCUGGAAGAACUCGUACAAGCUGAAGAAAUCAACGGGAGAAUGAGGGUUGUUUUGGCUCUGACGUCGUUUAAAACUUCUAUUGUUUUCUGAUUAAUCCAAAAUGACUCAUAUUAUAGGCCCGGUGUAAUGUUUUUGAGUGUUUCUAUUUUUGAGUGUUUCCCCUCAUUGUUUGGGAACGCUAAAAGAUAGAUUGACAAUUUUUUUUGUGUUUCCCCCUAUUGAAAAGUCAUGGUCUCUCUAGCUGCCUAUUGUUUGGAAACACUGACACAUGGGAAACAACCACAGAUGUUACACCGGGCCCCAGACCUGAUCAAGUUAUGUGGUGAUACGGGAAAAACAAGGAAGCUCUUUACGUGAUGUGUACAUUACGCAUCAUUUUGUUAGGCAACUUUCAGUGAGGAACUUGGUGUACUCGACUCACAAUUUCAUCAUCGAAUUGGGGAAGCCGACGUAAGAAGGUCGUCACGUGACAUAUUUGUGAAAAUUGUGUGCUUGUAACAUACACAUUUCAUAAUUGGCCUAUACGUACUUUCGUAAUACGCAGUGGAUAUUUUGCCGUGAACCGGUUGAGAGUUAUUUUCGCUAUUUUGCCGUGCACUUCCGUUGGACAUGCGCAGUUCGCGUUUUUCGGACUUAGCAUUUUUCAGAUUUGUCCGCCGUGUUGACGAUCUCACUCUCGACAUGCUCGAUCGGGGACGAAUUUUCUUCAUUUCACAAAGUUCAGAUCGCAAUAAGAGCUUUAGAAAAAGAGCAGAGCAGCAUAUAUCAUACUGGCGGCGAGAUUCGAGGACAAUUACUGCUGCCUGGAAAAGACUGAAGCAUCUGCCGGAAAAUGACGAGAUCAAGUACUAUGAGUUGCGGUUCACAUGCAUCAAAGGUGGCCGAAAAUAUGAACCGCAGCAGAGUUCUGGUCACCGACCCAAACAAAAGUAAGUUGGACUCCCUGGCAAGUCUUGCCGGCAAACAGCAUUACGGAAAAACGCUAAGUCCGAAAAACGCGAACUGCGCAUGUC